AUGCUGUCGAAGCGGUUGGUUACGAAAUUUCUUCUGCUCAGCACGAUUCUUUUCCCUGCUGAUCACUUCGAAACGAGCACCAACGAUGUUUAUUUCGUGCACUUUCACUAUGUUUCCGUACAUCUACCAGAGAGUAAAAUACCACCCGUGAAGGUCUCUUCGGUGAGUAAAUGUGCGGAAGAGUGCUUCAAUAAAGGGUGUAGUGCAUUCGUGUAUGGUCAAGAUCAGCGGUGCAUUUUGUAUUUGGUCAUCGAAUACAACGGUUCAAUUGUGCCAAGCAUCUACAUCAGAAACGUUAAGCAGAUUCCAGUUCCUGAUCAUUGUCCUACUGAAAGCUUUGCUGAGAAGGUGAUUAAAGAUUUAGGAUUGGAACCCUGUCCGGCCGUAGGGACUCCGGCUCCAGUAACGUACUGUAGGUCAAACGCCAAAUGUUAUUUCAUGUAUGAAGGUUACACAUUUUGGGAUAUGGUAAAGACCUGUGAAUCCGUCAUCAAGAAGAAUCCGCAUAUGCCAUUCACUGCAAUAUAUCUUCCAACACAGGAAUCCGCUGAAAACUUACUUGAGUGUCACUAUCAGGAUUAUUUGGCCACGUGGAUGAGCCGUGAAACCGCCACCUCACCAUGGCAAUGGGGGAAUGGUGCACCGGUGAAUUAUACGAACUGGGCAACAGGAGAACCUAAGGGUGCGGAUAAUAAUUGUAUGAUGUUGAAUGGAGCAGCAAAGUGGAUGGUAUAUAACUGUCAUGGACCUCGUUUACUCUAUGCCGGUUGCGAAUCAGAUGCUUACCCUGGAUUACGUUAA